CUUGGGGGUUAGGACACAAUAACUCACAAGUGGGGAUACCACCUCUAUAUGGUCUACUGAUAUAUACCUAUAUACUCGCUACUCAUGUAAACUCGUCUUAUAUUAUACUAUUAUUAUAGGCAUAUUAAAUAAGACCGGCUACUGCUUGUAAUAUUAUGCUGUACCCAACAAUGCAUAUCUACUCGCCCUACCUACCUACUUCCAAAGUCCGAAUUGCUAAUAAAUAAUAAUAAAUAUUUAAAACACGCCUAGUGCCUACUUUUGUAUUUACUACUGAUCUGAGUUGUAUGAAUAUGAAAUAAAAAAGACUGUUCACAGAUUACCAUUUUAUAAACUUAAUUGACGUUUUAUAAUUUUAUCAAUAUUUUUUAUUAUUUUUACUCACAGUAAAUAAUAGAUAUCAUUAAAAUAUGUAACCUAUACAAUAUAUUUAACAGUUUUAAAUGUUCAAUUAAUAAAUAAUAACGUUUUGCAUAUCAAAUAACGACUCAAAAAAAUCGAUAACAAUUAACUACUAUUUACUAUUAAGUAGGUAUAUUUUUAGCACGGACGUAGUAGUAGUAGUAGUACGUGAUUUUUAGUCUAGUACCGACGUCGAAAAAAGAUAAAAACAGUCCAAGUGUCCAACAUCCAUAUAUCCAUCAAUGUAUUAAACUAUUGAAUAAUAAAAACUUUCUUAUCAAAUGUCAAAUAAUAGAACAAAUUUUUAAACGGUAAAAUAUGAACUGGAUAUUUGUGUGUUUUAUUUGCUCACUAAUAAUCAAUCCUGUUUUUUUGGAAAUUUCAAAACCAACUUUUACUAUUGAUUAUGAGAAAAAUGAAUUUCUAAAAGAUGGCGAAGUAUUCCGAUAUGUUUCUGGUUCAUUACAUUAUUUUCGAGUUCCUCAACUUUAUUGGAAAGAUAGAAUUCAAAAAAUGAAGGCUGCUGGAUUGAACACUAUAACAACUUAUGUAGAAUGGAGUUUACAUGAACCAUUUCCUGGGGUGUAUAAUUUUGAAGGGAUUGCUGAUUUGGAGUAUUUUAUUGAAUUAAUUAAAAAUGAAAAUAUGUAUCUAAUUUUGAGACCAGGACCAUAUAUAUGUGCUGAAAGAGAUUUUGGUGGAUUUCCCUAUUGGUUAUUAAACGUGACACCCAAAAAAAGCUUGAGGACUAACAAUUCAAGCUAUAAAAAGUAUGUUUCAAAAUGGUUUAGUGUGCUUAUGCCAAUAAUUCAACCUCAUUUAUAUGGGAAUGGAGGAAAUAUAAUUUUGGUCCAGGUAGAAAACGAAUAUGGAAGUUAUUAUGCCUGCGAUUCUGAGUAUAAACUAUGGAUACGAGAUUUAUUUAGAAGUUAUGUAGAAAAUAAGGCUGUUCUUUUUACAAUUGAUGGAUGUGGUCAAUCAUACUUUGAUUGUGGUGUUAUUCCAGAAGUAUACGCUACUGUAGAUUUUGGAGUUUCAUCAAAUGCUUCCCAAUGUUUUGACUUCAUGAGAAAGGUUCAAAAAGGAGGUCCAUUUGUCAACUCAGAAUUCUAUCCUGGUUGGUUAACUCAUUGGCAAGAAUCAGAAUCUAUAGUACAUUCUAUUGACAUUGUGAAACAAAUGAAAGUAAUGUUGGCAAUGAAUGCAUCGUUUAGUUUCUAUAUGUUUCACGGGGGUACAAAUUUUGGAUUCACAUCAGGAGCAAAUACAAAUGACACUAAAGAAAGUAUUGGAUAUUUACCACAGUUGACUUCAUACGAUUAUAAUGCUCCAUUGGAUGAAGCUGGAGAUCCUACUGAAAAGUAUUUCCAAAUUAAACAAACACUUGAAGAAGCCAAAUAUGCUGUGACAAAUGAAGUAUCACCAACUCCCACACCUAAAGGUGCUUAUGGUAAAUUCUAUUUAAAACCUUUGGUUAGCAUAUUUGAAAAGGUUGCACAACGUUUUAAACCAGUGAUUAGUAAUGUUCCAUUACCAUUUGAGGACUUAGAUAUUAAUACUGGUUUUGUAAUGUAUGAAACUACAUUAACAGAUGAUCAGAAAAAUGUUGAAAAUCCAGUAAACUUAACUGUGAACACCGUUAGAGAUCGAGCAAUCAUUUACCUAGACAAAGUACAAGUGGGUACCAUGAAUCGAUUAAAAGGUAAUACUACUAUAAGUUUGAACAUUAACCGUUCUGUUCAGAACCUAAGUAUUUUAAUUGAAAAUCAGGGAAGGAUUAAUUAUGGUGACUUUAUUGAAGACAGAAAGGGAAUUUUUGACCAAGUGUUUCUCGGAAACAAAACAUUAAGUCCAUGGAAAAUGACUGCAUAUCCUUUGAACGAAACAUCAUGGAUUUCUUCAAUCAAAACAGUUGAAAACAUCGAAACUAUCCAAUUGCCAGCAUUUUAUAAAACACAAUUUACAUUACCAAAAAACUAUACAAAAUGUUUAGAUACUUACUUAGACACUUCAGGCUGGACUAAGGGUGUAGCGUUUUUAAAUAAUGUAAACCUUGGUCGGUAUUGGCCACUCGGUGGACCUCAAGUUACACUUUAUGUUCCAGCUCCGUUUCUAAAACCAUCACCUUAUGUCAAUACACUUGUGAUGUUUGAACUUGAAGGUGCACCUCAAGAUAUAUCUGUACAAUUUGUUGACAAACCCAUUCUUGAUGGUCCCAUAAUGGCAUAAAUUAAUGUACACUAUCUGGCAACUAUGUGAGUAUCUAAGUAUCUACAAAAUUUUCAAAAUCAAAAAUGAAAAUGGAAGUUGCUGCAGACCAAGCAAAAUUGGCGUUAAGUAAUGUAGGAGAUUAUGGUAGUACAGGACUUCGUACAAAUAAAUUAAUCGAAAACCGUUUAAAAAAUUUAUGCAUGCAAAUUAAAAAUAAUGAUAUAAGUAUAUUAGAUUUUCUUAUGGUUGUUAGCCACAUUAGAAAGCAAUGCUACUAAAUUUUUUACCUUUGAAAAUUUUUUAAAAUAUAAACAAACUACUAACUACAACAGUGGUGUAGUUAUGAUUUUGUUCUGGGGGGGGAUAUACAAUUUAUUGGUUAAACAUAAAGUGAGGGGCUUAAUAAGUCAAUGAUUUAAACAUUAAAAAAAAAGGCUCUGGGGGGGAUCUAUCCCCAUAUCCCCCACCCCCAUAACUACGCC